AAAAUAUUGUAAUUGUAAUAUUGUAAUUGUAGCUGAUCCGAGAAGGGUGGAAGAGGGUUCAAUUCGAUUCAGCUUUUUGAAUCUUCGCGCACUUCUACGAGCAGUGUGAUUUAGCGUUCCAUGGGCACCAAUCCACGUACUUUCUCCCUAAAAAAAACUCAAAAUCAAAGUUUAAUGUCAUGGAGAAGGAAAAGAUGAAGAUGGAAAUAAAACUAGAUAACCAGUUAAUGAUAACUUCAAGUCGAUGAAGAAAGCUUUCAUUUAGAGUUGGUAUUUGUUGAAUCAGUUGAAUGUAAAGACGUUAUUUACGCUAAGAAAGUUGGAUCUGUUGUUAUUGUUUUAUCAAUAUAUUUAAAUACGCAAUGUCGACGAAAUCCUCCGUCGAUUUGCGAGCAGAACUCGCUGAAUUAGUGAAAAGGAAAGCAGAAAUAGCUGACACUCUUGCCAAUUUAGAACGCCAAAUCUAUGCAUUUGAAGGUAGUUAUUUGGAAGACACACAAUUGUAUGGUAAUAUAAUACGUGGCUGGGACAGAUAUUUAGCCAGUAAUAAAAAUACUAACAGUAAAGCAGAUAAACGAAAUAGGAAAUUCAAAGAAGCUGAAAGACUAUUCUCAAAAUCUUCUAUUACCUCUAUGGCUGCAGUCAGUGGACUUGUUGAAAACACCCAGGAAAAAAUUGACCGGUACAGUGAAUCGGAGUCGCAGAUCGGCAACAGCGGUAGCGAGGACAAUUGCAGCCUCGUAAAUUCUCAUGGAACAGCUGCCAAUAGCGGCAAUAGCAACGGUAAUAAGGAGUCGUCCGGGAAAAACCACUCUGUAACUGGCCAGUAUAGCCAGAAUGGAUCUAUCGCCUCUUCAACCGAGAUUGCUAGACAAUUUGCGAACGGGCACGCGAGCAAUGGCAGCCUGGAGCACGUCUCCUUGAAGGAGAACACUGGAAAAGAGCCUUCGAAAAAUAAGUCUGGGAACAGCGCGAAAAAGAAUAGCAACAAGAGGUCCAGAAAUAGGUAGAAUAACCUCGAGCCGGUGUAAUCUGUGGAUAGUUCACGCGAGGACUAUCAAUGGAACAUUUCUUCCUUCUAUUCUCAUUCGAUUCUGUCGAUAUACCAGAUCUCACUGUUUUAUACAAUAAGUGCACCACGGAAUACCGACUUUUUAUGGGAGAGUUACAGGCUUAUCGUUAACGAAUAAGAGCAUUAGGAUUAGUAAGUGAAUAACAGUUUGGGUAACGAAGGGUGUCGUUUUACCAUCCGGAUAGGAUUUCUAUUUCUGUUUCCAUAAAGACUAUGAUUGUAAGCCAACGUAUAUAGUAUUGUACAAAGAUAAAUUUCAGGUUUAGAGAUGAAAUGAUAUCAAUCGUCGUCUUAUUCGGUUAGUUGGACAGUACGUAUUACGCUUAA